UCUACUCGCUUUUGCUAUAGAUGAUGUAAACAUUGCUUAUGUACACAUAAAAUGAUGUUCGAAAAUUUGCAAAAAGGUAGUAGGAGAUAUUAAAAAGAAUUUGUUAGCUCAGAACGUUGAAAUUUGACCAACACCGCAUACAUAUUUUCUGUGGGAUUCAAUAAACUAUCAUCGAAAUGGAUAUGGACCUGAUUGGCCUUUAAAUUGCUUCUAAAAUCGACGUUCGCAUGAAACUAUCAAAAUUCCUUGUGUGCUAACAGUGUAUGAUGGUGCAUUCGCGAAUACAUGAAAAGUAGGUUAAUCGUGUGAAAGAAUCUGUACCAAAAAUAUUGUGUAUGCCAAGAGAGAUACGUGAACGAAAACCAUUUUGUGUGUAUACAUUGUUGAUUAAAAAGUUUGAGGCCAUCGCAUCGAAUCUAUUUUAAAAUAAUUUUAUGAAAUAAUUGACUUUAAUAAUGUCGGAAUGAAAAUAAAUUCAAAUAAGUUAUGAAAGUAAAAAGUAGUGCAAUUUAUUGUUUCGAAAAUUGAUUGUCGAAUUGUCGAAUUGUCGAAUAGUUCGAGCUGAAGGAAUAUAAAACAUUAAGGAAAUGAAGAUAAACGUACCGAAAAUGGUGACACCGAUUGAGGAAACGCUAGAGCAAAAUUUGAAGGUUCGUACGGGCAUGGUUAACGUGAGUGAUGGAAAAAGCAACCCAGAGCCGACACGUUUAAAAUUAACAAUGGAAUUACUGAUCUUGCAACGAUUAGAUUCAUCGACACCGUCAACGAUUAAUUCUGAGGAACGAAUGGUGCAAAUCAGACGCGACAAGAAUAGCGGUCUCGGUUUAAGUAUAAAAGGUGGCGCUGAACAUAAGCUUCCCAUACUGAUUUCGAAAAUAUACAGAGAUCAAGCAGCCGAUAUAACGGGACAGUUAUUUGUAGGCGAUGCAAUUAUUAAGGUCAAUGGGGAAUUUAUAACAGCGUGUGAGCAUGACGAUACAGUUAAUAUUUUACGAAAUGCAGGUGAUAUAGUGGUAUUGACUGUGAAGCAUUAUAAGGCAGCAACUCCCUUUUUACAAAAACAAUUGGCUCGAGACACGCCUGAUUCUGAUAAUGACGCCAUGUGUGUUGAAUUAAAAAAAGAUGAAGGAUGGAAAAAAUCGUUCAACAAUAGUAGACCGGUUUCAGUUGCAUCAGACAUCACGGACCGAAAUGAUAAGAAAUGGGUCGACAUUAUUUCAGUACCACUUAUGAUGGCAUACGUAACACGAUUUAUUUAUGGAACCGAUAAGCUGAGGACAAAUGCGUUUGAAGUGCGUGGAUUGAAUGGAGUUUCCAGUGGAAUCAUACAUUGUGACCUGGCGAUUUUAAGUCAAUGGCUUAAACUCAUCUCUGAUAAUAUUGUGGGUUUGACUCAAUUGCAGAUGAAGCUAUAUAAUCGAAAUUUUGCAAUUGGAGAGCGCAUAGAAUAUAUGGGAUGGGUUAAUGAGGGCGUUAUUAAUAGUAACAUAUCAUGGCAAACAUACAAACCAAGGUUUUUAGUGCUCAAAGGGACGGAAGUAAUGCUCUUUGACUCUCCACCGCUGAGCGUUACUGGCCUUACAAAGUCGAGUAGUGCUUAUAAGGUGUAUCAAACAAUGUUUCGCGUGAUCAAAGAAUCUGAAACCGUCGAUGCGCGGCAGCAUUGUUUUUUGCUUCAAAGCUCGCCACCACAUACAACACCUCGGUAUUUAAGUGUGGAAACGCGUCAAGAACUGUUACGAAUAGAAAAUAGUUGGAACUCAACGAUCAUUACAAGUGUUAUUAAAUUGGGUCGCAAAACAUUUGCAGUUUCACACUUAGGUCGAAGUGGUGGUUUGACAUUGGAUUGGCAAUCGGGAUUUUCACUAACGGAAGGUGCUGACGCAACUGUCGUAUGGCAGUAUAAAUUUUCAGCUAAAAUUACAUUUCCAUGACCCCGAAACAAGAUCAAUUGACACAAAGGAGAUCGAGUGUCAGGUAUUACAAAGCUUGCUGUUCUGUAUGCAUGCAUUUCUAACAGCAAAAGUGGCUUCGGUAGACCCAACGUUUCUAAGUUCAAUUCAGCAAAAUUAAGUUGCAGACCCAGUUUUGAAAUUGCACAAACCUAAUCAACAUAACAGCUUAAACUUAGAAUUAGAAAUUGAAAAUUAUUCAAUUAUGAGUAUUUGUUCAAAUAAAUGAUGUUUAGCUAAAUCAA